GUUCAACUAAAAAUUUAAAGCUUCUUGUGAAAUGUCUUUAUAAUACCUGAUAUAAAAGUUGUCACAGGAUGACCGUUACCGUCAUGGUCAAAGUUCAAAGUUCACAGAUGAAAGAUCGAGUGAGACGGCGUAGGCUAUGAAUGGUGAUUCCCUGAGGCUAUGGUCACAUGUUAGGGGGGGGGAUGUGGUGUAGAUGGUCACGCAGUUCACAGAGACGUGUUUAUUAUAUCUUUGACUGGCGUAAAUGUGCAUUGAGAGGGGAAGUUUGUUCUUUUUAACAAAAACAGAAAAUACGAAUUUCAUUCACUUCAUUGUUCACUGACUCGUAGUCGUUGCAUGAAACUUUCUUCAUGUGCUUAGACUUUGAUCUAUGACACUGUACGAGUUCAUGUCAAGGAAUUAUUCGUGGAGGUAAGUUUAUACACGGAGUAAGAAUGUAUGAGCAGUAUUAGCGAUGUAGUGAGAGGUGACAUCUAGACAAUUAAGGUUAGAUAUAUUGAGUGCUAUCUUGGUGGAUACAUACACGACUUGUUUUAAUUGUGUCAUCAGACAAAAAUGUUGUCCCUACAUUAGAUCCCGACAACUGUCAAAUGUCUUCAACAGCGCAGAAGGUCAUUAACAUCACCCCAUCAUCAAACAUUGUCAACACAACAUCCAUCAUCGUCGGUAUAACUGUAUCGUCAGUCGUUUUUGCCAUACGUGUCAUCUUAUUCCUAAUUCGCGAUCGAAGAAAUACAACGCCUUUGAGGAAAAAGCUUGGACUCAGUGGUGUACCUAAUGUAUGGUAAUUAGCGCAGAUGACAUGAGGACAAAUUAAAGGGUGACGCCAUAAAACUCAAUUUUUACUAAAUUAAUUGUUAGUCACAACUCUCUCAGAGUUUACACAGUAAAAAAUUACACAAUUUAACAGUGUACACCUAGUAUAUUUUACUAUCCGUUGAAUUUUAAUUUCAAAUGUGUUAAAAGGGAUUCUCAAUUUUGCUUUGGAAAAUCUUUAAAAGUAUCCACAAAAGUGAUCAAUGGCUAAUUUAAAUAAAAAACACUUCCUAAACCCUAGCAUGUGCGCCAAAUACUCUAGGUACGCCUUGGCCUAGCCUUCAUUAGUGUGUUUGGGGCUUAACCAAAGAUUUUUAAGAAGAAUAUAUGCCGACUUAAGGCACAAGCUGUAAUUAGUUAUUCAUCUAUUUAUUAUACAGCAUCAUUGUUUAGUUAUAAAAAAAAAAUACUUUAAAAAACUCACUCAUCCUCAAAUUUAAAUGGCUCAUCUUUUAUGUUGCCAAAUAUAACUUCAGUAGCAUAGAUAUUUCCUAGAUAUUUAAGGAUCUAAUUUGCGUUAUCUAUGAUUACUGUAUAUGCUUGCAUAUAAGCCUGCAUCGCAUAUAAGCCGACCCCCUAAAACUGCUUUAAAAUGGCUAGUUUUUUUUGCAAAAACCCGCAUAUAAGCCGUCAUACAAUUGUGUAAUUUUACUCCAUAUUUUGGUUCAUAAAAUGUGGUACUGUAAAGAUGUAAAAUGCUUACUUUUAUGUUACAUACCAGUUUCUAUACCUUUUGGAAUGACACAAAAACGUGUUCUGCUCUUUACACAUUAAAUUCUUUGAAGUGACACCUCUGUAUUUAUACAUUCGUACUCUGUACACACAACCAAAUAAAAAGUCUGAUAGCUAUGAAAAUGUGUGGCUGGAAAAUUGGCGUUAGUGUCUGUCCUUGUGUCCAUUUUGUUUUAUGCGCACACAUGCUGACCCCAUGAUUUCAGUAUUGUAUUUUAUACUCUAAAUUCGUCUUAUAUGCGAGUAUAUACGGUAACCAUGGGCAUCAUUUAAGCUGAGUCAAUGUAAUGAACCACCAGAGAAGGAAUUUGUUUUUUAUGAGUCAACAAAUAUACAUACAUAUUUAUAUAUUGAAAUGAUUUUAGAGCAGGGGUCUCAAACUCGCGGCCCGCGAACCAAUUGCGACACGCAGACGAUAUUUUGCAGCCAGCUUCAGGACAGCAAAGUGUAAUGUUAAUACGGCCCGCUCGUUUUUUAAAAUAAUUCUCAUAUCUAUACUGUGACGGUUUCAGUCGAAUCUCACCAAAAAGUCUAAUUCUGAUUUUGUUAUGCUUCUAUAAGGUUGGACAUUGAUUAUAAUGGUAAAAACCGUUUUAAAAUCGGAAUAAAAGUUUUUAUAUUAUAGCAUUUAUGAGACAACCAUGGCCAAAGUGCGUUUUGAGAAAAGUUAAUAAGGUCUGUAGUGGGUAACACACAUCCAAAAUUGUGCAAAUAGUAGGAACCCGAUACAGUAUCAAAAAAUCACUAUUAAAUUGCCGCUAGUGUUUACGAGGGAGUGAAAUUCCGAGAUAGGGGAUCAUGUGUUGUUUUUUGUCUUUUUUUGAGAGUACCAAUCUGUGUGAAAAGCUCAUUUCCACUAUGAACUUUAACAAGUCAAAGUUCAAGGACAAACAUACUGAUGAACAUUUUCAAGCGAUACCGGUUGCGGGCACCUGAAAACCCGUGACGAACGGGGUAGUAAGAAAGGCCCGGAGACCCCCCCCCCCCCGCACACCGGAGAUUGUAAUAACUGCCCAAAAAGGCCCAUGACGAAUGCUCGUCGCGUCGUCGUUGGCCAGCACGUCCCUGCCUGUAGCCCCCCAAUGAUUUGAGUUUAAGACCCCUGAUUUUAGAGCUACAGAUAUCACUCAUCUAUUUUUAUUCAUAACUAAGAAGAUACACCGUAGUAAACGCUAUGAAUUCAUGCUUGUGUGAUUAUGGAGGCCACAGUUCGGACCAUAGUUCGAACAUGACACACCACGUAGUUUAACAACAAACUUCAGACACUGUGGCCCCGAAUCAUAAACAAUGGUUAGAUAUUCUCAGCGGUUCCAAAAAUGUUUUGCAAAGGCAGACAUCUUUCGCUAAACACUGUUAAAUUUAGUAAUGUUUUCAACACUAUUUGGGAAUGAUAUAAAAUACGAGGUAACACAGUACCAUCAGUUCAUACUGAACCUUUAAAACGGCACCAACUGAUUCGUUAUGUUUGGCUUGUCACAGGUAAUGAUUCCCUGCUUUAGUCAACCCAAAUAUGAUUGAACUUACAUGUCUGCAGGUCUCCCGGACGUAACAUUUUAUAACAUAACAGACAAAUAGCUUCCAGGGUAAGUCAGAUAGUGUACACAUUAUUGUUAAAAACAUGAUUGCUAAUUCAUUCUAUAAAAGUUUAAUGAAUAUUAUAUAAUCUUGGAAAUAACUAUUUAAUUUAUUAGCUUCUCAUCUAAUGUAAUCUAUACGAAUAAAAAGCUGGAGAAUGUGAUCCGAUUUAUUUUGUGAUCCUGAUAGGGAUAGUAAUUUAUUCGAGCAGUAUAGCGAUUAUUUGAUUAAAAUGUUACUGUAAUUAAUGAGAUUUCUAAUAUUUUAUAUAUAAUUAGAAAUAUAUAUAUAUAUAUAUAUAUAUAUAUAUAUAUAUAUAUAUAUAUAUAUAUAUAUAUAUAUAUAUAUAUAUAAAUAUAUAUUGUAGUAAUUUCUCUUUCGUUUAAAAAAAAAACCCUACAUUUUUGUGGAUACUCUAGAUCAGUUAAUGAAAUAAACUACUCUUCAGACAUAUGAAAACAAUCGUUCGAAAAACUCAUUUUAUGAUAUUACAUUUUAGAUGCAAGCAGUCAAAACAGUCAUUAUUUCUAUUGCUAUGAGUUGGUGAUUAUCCCUAAAGUUAUCGUUAAAUAUUCGAUUUAUUAAAAACAGUCUUAAGCAAUGUAUAUAUAUAGUUUAUAUUUAUAUAUAUAUAUAACGUCUUUGGAAAUCAAUCAUUAAUUCAACAUUAGCCCGAACCCUAAAAUGUCAAUAUAAUUUCAGUUUUAUUGAUUAGAAUAGAUAAUGUUACUUUUAAUAUAUUUUAGAACUCCUUACCUCCCCUGCACCAUUCUUCACUGUAUCUUUCAUGUGUGCUUGAUUGACAUGAAAUACAUCUAACUUAAAUAUAGAAAUACUACUUAUUUGAACUUGAAACACAGAAACUUCACAAAUACAUUUUUGCAAAAUAGUUAUGAUGUCUCAGUAAUUUUCUUCUAGCUUUGCCGUCAUACUAUGUGAAUGGUAAAUGACUAGUCUCUUACAGAUUUAUUUGGGCACAGAAUACAAACAUUUCUUAACAUUGGGACCGAUAGAAGUCUGCUCUAAUUAUAUAAUUUUAAAUAGUUUUCUUAUUUUUCAUUAAAGUUUUAAAACAAUUUUCUUAAAUAUGUUUCUCUAUGAUAAGCCUCAAAUUUCUUAUAAAAAUUAAAUAUUUUUUUAAAUAUAAAAUCAAAAUAAAGUAAUAAGUGAGAAACGGUCUCGAAAUUGUUGAUGAAAAAUUCUAUAUAAAUAUUAUUUUGGAAAAUUUGUCAAGAUCAACACCUAAUUAGCCUGAACAUUAUAAAAUGAAUGUUGGACCUUGUGGAUCAAAUCUAAAUGCUAUAUCAAAAGGAAAAAUAAGGAUACUUAUAUGUACAAUUUAAUUUUAAAAAUAUCCCAGUCACGUAGACUUGACACAUAAUAUUUCUCACAUUUUUAACUGACUGGUGCCACCCAUGCAUUUAGAGUAAGACAAAAGGACCCUAAAUAAGUUAUAUGGAACAUGGCCCGAGGGGCCCUUUCAAAAAACAAAAAGCCCACACAAAAAAUUGUUUUAAACACAUGUCUAUCUUUUCAAAAAAAUAAGAUAUAAUAAAGAAGACACACAGAGAAGACACACAGAGGAGACACACAGAAAAGACAAAACAUGUUGCGAGGUAUAUUUCAGUCACUGAUGUUUGUGUUGAUGCUAAAUUUUGCCACUGCCAGAAAGCAUCGAGAACGGCGGGGACAUUCAACGGAAGACAGGUGAGCAUCAAGUCACUUCAACACUUGGAUAAUGCUUAAAACAAAGUAUAAGAAACUAAAAUGGCGGUCCGAGAAAGAUAAAGAAAGGACAUAAAUUAUCCUUUGAUAAGUUUUUUAGAUAAUAACACACAUUUUAAACUCAAAAUCUGGAUAUUAAUUAAUCAGUAACACGAAAUAGUUCUAUUUAAGAAAAAAAGAUAGAAUUGUAGAAAUAACCUUUUCUUUUUUUAUUAUUUUUAAAAAAAAAUUUUUUUUUAAGGGUUUUUAUUUAGGAGGUCAUAUAAACGUGCAUGUCUUCUUACCAUAACAGACAAAAUGACAUGAUGUUCAAACAAACAAUAAUCUUAAAAAGACAAAAAACAAAACGGCAAAAUAAAGUGAUAACGUAGCCAUGCGCACAGUCGUUUGAUUAAUGGUUAAAAGUAAAAUGUAUAUUAGUAUUUCUUAACUGUACAAUGAUUUAACGUCAAAGUGCCUCAAAGUGCUUUUGUCUGACAUAGGAAUGUAGACUUCAAAAUCCUGCAUUGGAUGCAACUAAAAGCUACUUAUAGUUUCCAGAGUGGCAUGGUAUUUUAACAGAAAAUACAAAUUAAGUAAGAACAUUUUAUGAUCACAGUUUUGCUGCAGUGAAUAACUUAAUGUUUCGAAAAUUUUGAAAUUUUUAAUACCAUGUUUUUAAGCAAUAAAAACACAAAAAAGCACAAAACCAUUGCUUCAUAGUUUUUUUAUGUGUGUUUUUUUUUUAAGUUUACCAGAAAGAAGGUGUGUUAAACAGAUACUAAACCCUUAACAUUGGCCAGGUCACUUUCCAUUGUGAAGUGGAUUAUUUAUUUUUGACGGAGGCGCUAAAUAGAAUAUGCAUAAUAGACAACAUUCGUGACCCACUUUAACAUGCUACAUGGACAAUACUAACUUAUGUUAUACUUAUGUAUAUUUAACUAAUUUUAUUCUUAUAUCCGAUAACUAAUGUUUGUACUUAUCUUUGAUAACUAAUGUUUAUUGGUAUAUCCAAUAACUAAUGUUUAUACUUACAUCCAAUUCACAUUUUAAUAAUAAUAAUAAGAAAAUUAAAUUUUGUUAUUUUCCAAGUGUUAACAAUUAACUUAUAUUCUGCUAGCCAUGAAACAAGUGAGGAAAUCAUGAAUCCAGGAAAGUGGCUCUACCAUUGUGCCUGCCCCGAGCACAAAGACCACCUUCCUAUAAUCAUCGGUUGUGUGUUAGGAGCCGUCAUCGUCGCCUUGUUGGUGGUCAUCAUAAUACUGAUUGUGUUGCUGAAACGUAGGAGCUCAGUGCUGGUCCCGGUGCCGCCGGUGGUCUCGAACGUUAUGUACGUUGAACCGGAGAGGAAACCUAUGAUGGCCGUGGAUAACCCGCCGAUGUACACUGACGUCAUCAAGACAGCCCCAGAGUGACCAACGAACAAAGAUUUGUCAGUUUAUUGAGUUAUUUCUUGUUUGGCAUUAUAUUUAAAAUGUUAAUUAUCAUAGUGAUUAUUUUAAUAUUUCGAUUUUCGGUCCGUCACAAAAACCCCCAACUAAAUUAUUGAUGAUAAAAGCACAGAAAAAUGCUGCUGUAAUAACAUCUUUUUACGUCAUUAUAUAGAUAUUUUUAUAUCGUAUCGUUUAAAAACUCCAAAAAAAAAAAACUAUUGUAAAUAAGUCAAUAUUUAUUAUAAUACUGUGUUUGAAGAUAUAAUGUGACAAGAUGGCAAAAAAUAAAAUUUCCUCUUUUUU